AUGGAUACUCCAGGCCUCAACGAGAGCUAUGAACGAGAUCUUCCGAACAUGAUCGAAGUGGUGAAGUCGGCACACCGGCUUGAUCGUGUACAUGCAGUGAUUUUGGUCAUGAAGGUAGAUUCUCGAAUGGAUCAGACGUACAAAGACACUGUCCUGUACUACCAGAAGUUGCUAACGCCAAAGGUCUUCAAUGCGAACCUGAUCAUUGUUUUGUCUGGCUACAAACCACGGGACAUGAAGUACCGGAUUAAGCCCCAACUGCCCCAGCAAAUCUUUGAUCAGAGCGCAGCUGAUGUCAAAAAGCUUUUAGGAUUGUCGAAGGAUCCCAUGGUGCAUGGCCUCAACUCCAUGCCCGAGACGGAGGAGGAUCUAGACGAGUCAAGCAGAGCUCGCAACAGAAUCUUACGAUCUGCUGCCGCGAACUUGGCUCCACCUCGACUGCGCGGCUUCAAAGUUCCAAGACACAUGCUGCAGAGAGGCUGCACAUGA